GGCCCUUUCGCCACGCGCCUUCGCUCAGGACAGAGGGCAGGCCGCGCCGGAGGAGGCAGCCGCGCCGCUGGAAUGGCUCCCAAGACGGAGUGCGGGGAGGAAGGAGGCGGCCUCGGCCGCGGCGUCCGGAAGGGCAUUCGGGCCGUGCUGCUGGGGCCGCCCGGGGCCGGGAAGGGCACCCAGGCUCCUCGGCUCGCACAGACCUACUGUGUGUGCCACUUGGCAACCGGGGACAUGUUGCGGGCUAUGGUGGCGUCCGGCUCGGAGCUGGGAAAAAGGUUGAAGGAGACGAUGGAUGCUGGGAAAUUGGUGAGUGAUGAGAUGGUGGUGGAGCUGAUCGAAAAAAACCUGGAGACUCCCCCCUGCAAGAAUGGCUUCCUUCUGGAUGGGUUCCCCCGCACGGUGCGGCAAGCAGAGAUGCUUGAUGAGCUCAUGGAGAAGAGGAGAGAGAAACUAGAUUCUGUCAUUGAAUUCAGCGUUGCCGACUCCUUACUCAUCCGGAGAAUCACAGGACGGCUGAUCCACCAAGCAAGUGGCCGUUCGUACCACGAAGAAUUCAACCCUCCCAAGGACCACAUGAAGGAUGAUGUCACUGGAGAGCCCCUGAUCCGCCGUUCAGAUGACAACGAAACAGCCUUGAAAACCCGCCUGAAGUCCUACCACACCCAGACGACCCCGCUGGUUGACUACUACUCCAGACGUGGGAUCCAUAUGGCCGUGGAUGCUUCCCAGUCUCCUGAUGUGGUGUUUGCCAGCAUUCUGGCCGCUUUCUCGAAAGCAACAUCCGAAUGAAUCCAGGAGGUGGACGGGACAGGAUGUCAUCGCGUGCUGCAUGUUUCAUCGUGCCCCCUUGUUCUUGGGGAAAGGGGUGAGAGGGAGGUGUGACUAAAAAGGGGGGGUAGGGGAAGCAGCAAGGAGUGGGGUUCAAGCAGAAGCAGUUUGUUAUAUUGAGUCGGGGGGGGGCACCAAAGGAGGCAUAGUUGCCCCCUCCUUCCCAGAGCUCUGUUUGCUCCUCUCUUCCCCCAACCCCAGCAUUAAUGAGAGCUGUGCUGCCUGCAGGCUAGUUAUUUGUCAGGUAAAACUGAGCUAUCAACUGCACAACUCUACCUGAUGAAUGGCCAGCCUGCUGGUAGUGCAGCUUUCAUUGAAGCUGAGGCAGGAUGAGGUGAGAGAGAGAGGAGCAAAUAUCACUGGGGAAGGGGAGGCAGCUGUGCCUUCUUGGGUGCCCUCCGGCAUGUUGGACUGAGCUGCUCCUGGGUUCAAGAGGGAACCAGUUUGUUUCUAAAGGCAAAAUGGCCUGGGGAGGAAAUCAGGCACAUCUGGCUGAACUGGGUUGGGGAGGCCCAGACAUCUUCGCUUUGGCAUUCCAAGUGCCGUUGUCCUGUGUGGUGAGCUGCAAAUGUCUUGACAUCAAAAGGCUUUUAACCAUCUCAAA